AAGGAGAGCAAGGGUGAGCUUGAACCCAGAUAUCAGGCCAAGUGGAACUGGAGGAAAUGUCAUCAUUGGUAAAGGAGGACUUGGAGAAGAAACUGUUUAAGCCACUCUCACAGAAUCUGUACGAGUUUAUUGAAAUAGAGUUCUCGGUCCAGGACAGGUAUUACCUCUGUGUGUCAGUGACCAAAAAUGAAGAAGUAAAAAUAAUUAUGGUGAAACACUACAGAAUAGGUUUAGAGGAAAAAUAUGAAGUAACAAAAAAGUGGUCUUUGAACGAUCUGCAGAUGAUUGAUGGAAAAGAAGCAGAUACCGACAAUCCAUUUUUUGAUCUGCACUUCAAGAAAGUGUACAGUUUGGAAGCAUAUAGUUGUGCUUCUAAAUAUGCCUUUGCUCGAACUGUAAAUAAGCUGAAUCAUGCAUAUCUUAAGAAGGACUUACAGAUUGUGAAUUUUGAUUCUACUUACAUUAAUGAUGAUUCCAUUUGGUCCUCCAACAACAAGGAUUGCUUGGUUCUUAUGAGAAUAUGCUUUUAUGCUUUCAAUCUAGUGUGCUUGUCCCUGUGUCCCCUGCCACUCUGAAGAGGUAUAAUGUGUUCCUUCAUCAGUGUUCCAUGAAAAUGGUUCUCUAAGC